CCGCAGCCCCGCAGUCGGGCCGGCUCUGCCCGGUCGGCCACGGCCCCGCUGCGAGCCACCCAGGAUUAUUCGCUUCUGGCUCCAGCAGCGGAGAAGGCGCGCCGGGCGCUGGUGGCCGCGGCGCCAGCUCCUCCUCCUUCUGCUGCUCCUGCUCCCCGGGCGAGCGCGCAGCCCCGAGCCCGCCCCGCGCCUCCGGGAGCCCUCCCCCCGCUGCUCCCAUGCGCGCGGGUGGGUCAUGAGCACAGCGCCCUCGCUUUCUGCCCUAAGAAGCAGUAAGCAAAGCGGCGGCGGCGGCGGCGGUGCGGACCCUGCCUGGACCAGCGCGCUCUCUGGAAAUAGCUGCGGCCCCGGCCCAGGCUCGUCCCCGGCCGGCUGCACCAAGCCUUUUGUGCACGCCGUGCCCCCUUCUGACCCUCUCCGCCAGGCUAACCGACUGCCCAUCAAGGUGCUGAAGAUGCUGACCUCACGGACUGGCCACAUUUUGCACCCCGAGUAUCUGCAGCCCCUGCCUUCCACUCCCGUCAGCCCCAUCGAGCUGGAUGCUAAGAAGAGCCCGCUGGCACUGUUGGCGCAGACCUGCUCGCAGAUCGGGAAGCCCGACCCCUCGCCCUCCUCCAAACUCUCCUCGGUCGCCUCCAAUGGGGGCGGCGCGGGCGGUGCCGGCGGCGCCGGGAGUGACAAGGACGGAAAGUCGGGGCCCCUCAAGCUGAGUGACAUCCCGGGGACCCUGGCGCUGCGCAGCCCCCACCACGCGCUGGGACUCAGCAGCCGCUACCACCCCUACUCCAAGAGCCCGCUCCCCACCCCCGGUGCUCCUGUGCCGGUGCCCGCGGCCACCGGACCCUACUACUCCCCCUACGCCCUCUACGGACAGAGACUGACCACGGCCUCGGCGCUGGGCUAUCAGUGA